CAACCAAACGCACUUUUUGAGACAUCUCGAUUCCAAGGAGCUUUGCUUCGCGCUUCGUAAAAAAUCAGGGUCAGGGUUAGUUGGUUGACCUGAACUUCAGCGUUCAGCGGUACUCGAUGGGUUAACCAAUUGGUUUCCACGAUAUAAUUUUUUUCGAUGAAGCGCACACGCUCGGCUCAACUAGCGCACCAACAACCUGUUGAGUGGCGCAGAGAGGUUGGAAGUGAAGGAGACCUGUCCGAUACUGACGAUGAAUGGUGGAGCGAUGACUCCAGUUGCAGCACUUGUUCUUCAGAAGAUGAGAGGUGGAAAUUUGCUUCCGAAGCGAUUUCAGGGGGCGAGCUUUUUUACAUCGAGUGUCAGCCACAAAGUAUGAACGUAGUUCAGAAAAUGAAAAGUAAAACUCAUCAGGAGAGCUCAAGAAGUUCUCUGGCUACAUCUAAAGGUUGGAAGAGGGGUACUUUUGCAAAAAUAAUGAAGAAAAAUCGCAAGAACAAAACUCUGAAAAAUAGUGACGAGCAAGAUGAAGUAGUGUCGAAUCUUUCACAAAGUACAACAAAUCUGAAUUCAAAUUUAGGAGAAAUAAUUGAAGUGCGCUUAAUUGUGGAGCCAAGGAGGACAAACCUUGGACGCAGAGCCACUUUAUGUGAAAUGAUGCUAGGCAUUAUUCCAGGCAACCUCAAACAACCUAGUGAUGACAACCGAAUUAUUGUAGCAGGAUUUAUACCUGACAUGCCCGCGUCGAUGAGUAAAAAAAUGAAAAUUGGUGACUGGCUCCAGUGCAUUGAUGGGCAGCAGGUUUUUCACUCGGAUAUUGACAGUUUUCUUUUGAGAAUCAGCCCCAAUAGCACUGUAACUUUAAGGUUACGGAGAAUAGAGGGUGGACCUAAUUUGCACUCGGCGCCAUACCUACUAUCAAAAGGUUUAGAAAUAGACCAUUUGUUGCAAAUAAUCUGCAAAGGGUCUGCAGCAGCGCGCAAAGGAUCUUUGCUGAUACUGGAUAAGUCUGAUAAAGUCGUUUACAAUUAUCCUCAAGGAGGAGAUCUGAUAUCCAGGAAAGCAAUUUUUAUAACUCUGUGUAAUUUCCUGGAAGAUUUGUAUUCGACUAAACCGCAGAGUACCCGUAUGUCAAUUGGUGGCCAACCCUACACGGUUCUGUACUUAAGUGAUGAGAAAUAUAUUAUGGUUCUGGCUUUCCCUGCAAACAAAAUAACUGAAGCACAGGCAAUAGGAUUUUUUAGCAAAUUCGUAGAGGCUGUACAUUUCACGUACAACUCAUUCGUCAGAUGCGCAGCUGAUUAUAAGUUACGAUUGAAUAUGUUGGUGGACUCGUUAUUUAGUCACAUGCUAGAUACCGAGAGAAAAUUGCCAUUUCAUACUCAUUCAAUGAUGCUUCCCAGCAAAGUUCAAAGUGAAGUUGACAGCGCUUUGUCAACUUUGGAGGCAAUUCCAACUGUUUCGAAAACGUCGACUGACAUGUUUUUCACACUCGGCAGCAGCUUGUUUUACAAGAAUGUUUGUGUUAGAAAUCAUUUACCAGAAGAUAUGCUGAGCCCUUUGACGUGUUUGCUGUGGAUUCACAAUAUUUUAGCUUUGGAGCAAUUUGGUCUUCCUCUGCAACGAUUGCUUGUUUGGAAAGAGGUUUUCCUGUCCGAGCAGCAAAAUUCUCCAGAUUCUUACGAAGAACCCCCAGGAAGAUAUUAUAUACUUUUACUCGGCCAAAACGAACUGAUACUUGCAGUGUUGAUUAAAACAAGCAAUACAAAUGAAAGUGGCACAGAAAUAAUGAAACCUAGCAUUGCUUUUAUUGAGCAAGUACAGGAUACACUAGAUAACCUGCAUUUGAUGGGAAUAACAAAUAUUCUCGACUUACUUUUAGAGGACAAACAAGGUGAAAAUUCUGAGAAAACUUCCAUAUCUGACCAGCAUAGCAAUUCCUCAGAGCAAAACUUUUCCCAUAGAAGCAGCAGUGUAGAGGGCUACAAAAGAUACUCUCCAAAGCCAAAGCGUAACAGCAGUCGUUUAAGUGUUAAUUCGGAAGGGGAGAAUUAUAGCGAAACAAGCUCCGAGGCUAGUUGGAAUAGCAGCGAAGUAUUUUCUUAUGGCAAGCUGAAUAGAUACAGAUCUUUGAGCAGACACUUGACAGAGCCCUUUGAGCGUAGUAUCAAUGUAAUUUUGCUCAUGUUUGGAAAGGAGAAUCUUUUCCUGGCCAACAAUUCCUUAUUGGAGAGUCUUGACGUACAAGUCGACUCGAUCAGACUUGCACUUGUGCAAAGUUUAGUGGACAAGAACAGCAAGAACGGGGUUAUGGACGCAAUUAUUGAUGCUGGUUUUGUGCUUGCUAGCAAAGGGAAAAAAUCGGACGACUAUAGCAUUAUAGCUUGCAAAAAGUUGUCUCUUGACGGCAGCGCGAAGUUGCGUCUAGUGUUUAUGUGGAGUGACGACAUCGGAGUCAACUUUAAUGAACUAUCCAACAAAUUAGCAUUUCUAUCUUUGUAAUUAUUAAUUACUAAUUUUAUUGUAGCUCGAUCGCAGGAUGAAAUCUUAAUCAUGUAAAAUUGUGCUUGUAAAGUGAAAGUUUAUUGAACAAAUAAAAAUUAUUUUUAAACAUGUUGA